UUAUGGAAACCCUCAUAUGUUUCUUACUUUCUUGAUCCCUUUUGCUGCUUCUACUUACAAACAUACAUACAUAUAUACAUACAACAGAUAUACAUAUAAAGAAAAAUGGUGAGGGGAAAAACACAGAUGAAAAGGAUCGAGAAGGCGAGCAGUAGGCAAGUGACGUUUUCGAAGCGGAGAAACGGGCUUUUGAAGAAGGCUUACGAACUCUCGGUUCUUUGCGAUGCUGAAGUUGCUCUUAUUGUUUUCUCUCCAAGUGGAAAACUCUAUGAAUUCUCAAGUUCCAGUACUAUGAUCAACAAGACAAUAGAACGGUAUCAAAAGAAUGCAAAGAGCACCAUAACAUCUGGCAGAAGAACCAAAGAAGAAAAUAUUCAGGAUUUGAAAAAUGAGACUGCUGAGUUACAAAUGAAGAUUGAGCUCCUCCAAGAUACUGAGAGAAGGCUAUUGGGACAGUGUUUAGAUUCUUGUUCUACAAAAGAGUUGGAAAACCUCGAACAACAGUUGCAACGAAGUUUAGGCAACAUCCGAGCCAGGAAGAAUACAUUAUUUAGAGAUCAAAUUGAGCAGCUGAAGCAACAGGAGAAGAAUCUGAUGAAAGAAAACACUGAAUUAAGACAAAAGUGUGAGAUGGUAGAUCUGCAGUUAUCUAUUCCUCAAGUAGUUCAAGUUCUACCUACGACGCGAACUAUUGAGGUCGAAACCGCAUUGUUCAUAUGACCAUCUCCAAAACGCAGACGAUCCUUCGACAAAUAUAUAACUUUUCAUGAAGGUUUUUUUUUUCGUUUUUUUAAAUUAGUAGUUUGUAUCUUGUUUUGUAUAUCUGUUUUUUUUUUCUAUGGUUUUUUCACGGUGAUUUAAUCAAUGGAAUAAAUAAAUCAGUUUAUAGUAACGAAACAUUAUAUUUCAUCAAUAAUAUUUGCAAA